CCCACAUGGAAUCCCGCGGGCCCCUCGCUGCAGCUGCCUCCCGCCUCCCCCGCAGCGCACUAGCCAGCGGUGGCGACGCGUGUGUGAUAUUUAGACUGUCGAGUUCACGCAGGUAGAUUGGGAUCUUGAUACUUCACAACUAACCUCCCAAAUAAAAAUUCCAAGGCUAACCAAUCCAUGAGUGGGCAUCGAUCCUCAAGGAAGCGAUGUGGAGAGUCACGCUUAGAAUCCCCUAUGGGUUGUGGUCAUGUUCCUGCAACAGUGUGUGUGUUACGCAAGUUGGUUCAAUUGCCUACACCUCCAUUGUCAAAGCACCAGCUAAAGCGAUUAGAAGAACACAAAUAUCAGAGUGCUGGACGGUCCUUGCUUGAGCCUCUAAUGCAGGGUUACUGGGAAUGGCUAGUUGGAAGAACUCCAGCCUGGAUCGCCCCAAAUCUGAUAACCAUUACUGGACUGUUGAUAAACAUAUGUACAACAGUAAUAUUAGUGUAUUACUGCCCAACAGCUGCAGAACAGGCACCAUCAUGGGCGUAUCUUGCUUGUGCAUGUGGCCUUUUCAUUUACCAGUCUUUGGACGCUAUAGAUGGAAAACAAGCAAGAAGAACCAAUAGCAGUACUCCUUUGGGAGAACUUUUUGACCAUGGUUGUGAUUCACUGUCCACAGUCUUUGUAGUUUUGGGAACUUGUAUUGCUGUGCAGCUGGGGACAAAUCCUGACUGGAUGUUCUUUUGUUGUUUUGCUGGGACAUUCAUGUUUUAUUGUGCACACUGGCAGACCUACGUCUCUGGAACAUUGCGCUUUGGAAUAAUUGAUGUGACUGAAGUGCAAAUCUUCAUAAUAAUCAUGCAUUUACUGGCAGUGAUUGGAGGACCACCUUUUUGGCAAUCCAUGAUUCCAGUGCUGAAUAUUCAAAUGAAAAUAUUCCCAGCUCUUUGUACUGUUGCAGGAACCAUAUUCUCCUGCACAAACUAUUUUGGUGUGAUCUUCACAGGUGGUGUUGGCAAAAAUGGAUCGACUAUAGCUGGAACAAGUGUCCUUUCACCUUUUCUUCAUAUUGGAUCAGUGAUCAUAUUAGCUGCAAUGAUCUACAAGAAAUCUGCUGUACAGCUCUUUGAAAAGCAUCCUUGCCUGUAUAUACUUACUUUUGGUUUUGUAUCAGCUAAGAUAACUAACAAAUUGGUGGUUGCACAUAUGACCAAAAGUGAAAUGCACCUGCAUGAUACAGCAUUCAUAGGUCCGGCACUUUUGUUCUUGGACCAAUACUUUAACAGCUUUAUUGAUGAGUAUAUUGUACUUUGGAUUGCCCUGAUCUUUUCCCUCUUUGAUUUGCUCAGAUACUGCAUCAGCGUGUGCAAUCAGAUUGCUUCCCAUCUGCGCAUCCAUGUAUUCAGAAUCAAGGUCUCUUCCACACAUUCUAAUCAUCAUUAGUGACUGGGUACUUGCUUUGAUGAGAAAUAAGAAACAAAUGUUUUCUCUAGGGAAGAAUAUGAACACAUGUAGGGGACUAAGGCAAAAGGAGCACAUAAGAACAAAUCUAAUUUAUAAUAAUCAGUGUUGUACAACUUCUAUUCUUUGUUACUGGUAACACUCCUUCACUAGUCUUUGCCUAAUGAGAGAGGGGGAGAGAGAGAGAGAGAAAGAGAGAAGGUGAAUUCCAGGUACUCUCGACGUUAACAUCAUGUAGUCAACUCUACUGGUUCUGUGCCCAGGAAAGCAUGCAGGGAGUAAUGCUUUGUCUUUGUAAUUACCUUGCAUACAGAAUAAACUAUCUAUGGUGAAUGGAUCCCCAACAACUGAAAUUUUUAAUGUAGUGUAUAUACAAACUGCAAAACAAUGUGCUUUAUAAUGUUAAUAUUUCAUCAUCUCUUAGUGAAAUACUUUAGAGUCCAUUUUUGACAUUUCUUUUACUAAAGAGCUGAGUUGUAAAACAGAGAUAUCCCAUGAGAUUGUGUGACUGAAAUAGUUGAAUGGACUUGGAUGUAAACGGAGUUGUUUCAUUUACUUAUGUAUAUUGUUCAACAGUGUAUUUUAGAGGGGCCUUGUGGAAGAAGGGAGUGACUAUCAGCAUACAAUACAGUGUGGUAUCUGUGUCAAUUUAAUUUAAUUUUUUUUUAAAUAAACUUAUAUCUCAAUUUUCUUCAAUGGAAAAACUUUAAAAGCAAAUUUUACUGUUCAUUUUUUACAUAUAGAAUUUAAGCAAAAAUUUCUUUCUGCUCUUUAAUAAAUAAGGAAAUUCUAAGAGCU